AAAACCACACCCACAAAGAGGCCCAAGGAGACCCGGAGCUUUCUCUUCGGUGGUGGCGGCUGCCUCUGGGCCCCUAAGCAGCAAAUUCAGGCCAGCUAGUAGUACGCGACUCUCCGGCUUAGGUUUCUCCGCCCGAAGCGCUCCCAGCCUAGCCUACCGACCUGACACCAGGGCUGCAGCCCCCUGCCCAGCGGGGUCUUGGUCCUAGUCCUCCCAGGGCUCAUUUGCAUAGGGGCGCGCGCGCCUUGGGCCAGGGAGGCGGCGCGCGCGCUCCCUGACAGCUCUACUCGCUGACUCGUUCACUCGCUCGCUCCCGGCUUCCGAGCACAGCAUGGCGGUCAAGGUGCAGACAACCAAGCGGGGUGAUCCUCAUGAGUUAAGAAACAUAUUCCUGCAGUAUGCCAGUACUGAAGUUGAUGGAGAACAUUACAUGACCCCAGAGGACUUUGUUCAGCGUUAUCUUGGAUUAUAUACUGAUCCACGUUAUAAUCCAUGGACUGUGCAGCUCUUGGCAGGAGUAGCUGAUCAAACCAAGGAUGGGUUGAUCUCCUAUCAAGAGUUUUUGGCAUUUGAGUCUGUUUUGUGUGCCCCAGAUGCUAUGUUCGUAGUAGCCUUCCAAUUGUUUGACAAGAGUGGAAGUGGAGAGGUGACAUUUGAAAAUGUCAAAGAAAUUUUUGGACAGACAAUUGUUCAUCAUCAUAUACCUUUUAACUGGGACUGUGAAUUUAUUCGUCUGCAUUUUGGGCAUAACAGGAAGAAACAUCUUAACUACACAGAAUUUACUCAGUUCCUCCAGGAGCUGCAGCUGGAACAUGCAAGGCAAGCCUUUGCCCUGAAAGAUAAAAGCAAAAGUGGAGUGAUCACUGGACUAGAUUUCAGUGACAUUAUGGUUACUAUUCGGUCCCACAUGCUCACUCCUUUUGUGGAGGAAAACUUGGUUUCGGCGGCUGGUGGAAGUAUCGCCCACCAGGUUAGCUUCUCCUACUUCAAUGCAUUUAAUUCCUUACUGAAUAACAUGGAACUUGUUCGUAAGAUAUAUAGCACUCUAGCUGGAACAAGGAAAGAUGUUGAAGUCACAAAGGAGGAAUUUGCCCAAAAUGCAAUAAGAUAUGGACAAGUUACACCAUUGGAAAUUGACAUCCUGUACCAGCUUGCAGACCUGUACAAUGCUACUGGGCGUUUGACUUUGGCAGAUAUUGAGAGAAUAGCACCGCUGGCCGAAGGUGCCUUACCUUACAACCUGGCAGAACUUCAGAGGCAGCAAUCUCCUGGGUUAGGCAGGUCUGUCUGGCUCCAGAUCGCUGAGUCUGCUUAUAGAUUCACUUUGGGCUCAAUUGCUGGAGCUGUGGGAGCCACUGCAGUAUAUCCUAUAGACCUGGUAAAGACACGCAUGCAAAAUCAGCGUGGCACUGGCUCUGUCGUUGGGGAGCUGAUGUAUAAAAACAGCUUUGACUGUUUUAAGAAAGUCUUACGUUAUGAGGGCUUCUUUGGACUCUAUAGAGGUCUGGUGCCACAGCUCAUAGGGGUUGCUCCAGAAAAGGCCAUUAAACUGACCGUUAAUGACUUUGUUCGAGACAAAUUCACCCGAAGAGAUGGCUCCAUUCCAAUAUUAGCAGAAAUCCUUGCUGGAGGUUGUGCUGGAGGCUCUCAAGUCAUCUUUACUAACCCUCUGGAGAUUGUGAAGAUUCGGUUGCAGGUAGCGGGAGAGAUCACCACGGGCCCCAGGGUCAGUGCCCUGAAUGUUCUUCGGGACCUGGGGAUCUUCGGGCUGUACAAGGGUGCCAAAGCGUGUUUCCUGCGAGACAUUCCCUUCUCUGCCAUCUAUUUUCCUGUUUAUGCUCACUGCAAACUCCUCCUCGCUGAUGAAAACGGACGGGUUGGAGGCUUAAAUCUCUUGGCAGCUGGAGCUAUGGCAGGUGUGCCUGCUGCUUCUUUGGUAACCCCUGCUGAUGUCAUCAAGACAAGGCUGCAAGUGGCAGCCCGCGCCGGUCAGACAACAUACAGCGGCGUUAUUGACUGUUUCAGAAAGAUACUGAGAGAAGAAGGGCCAUCCGCCUUUUGGAAAGGGACGGCAGCCCGAGUGUUCCGAUCCUCUCCCCAGUUUGGGGUUACCCUGGUCACCUACGAGCUUCUGCAGAGAUGGUUCUACGUCGAUUUUGGAGGCCUCAAGCCCUCAGGCUCAGAGCCUACACCCAAAUCCCGCAUCGCUGACCUUCCGCCCGCCAACCCUGAUCACAUCGGUGGAUACAGACUGGCCACGGCCACUUUCGCUGGCAUCGAAAACAAGUUUGGCCUCUAUCUCCCCAAAUUUAAAGCUCCGGUCGCUGCUGUAGUCCAGCCCAAGGUGGCCGUGGCAUCUCAGUGAGGAGGCAGCUGUUCCGCCUGGCCAGAGUCGUGAUGGAGAAGGGCCCAGGAGAGCAGCGCUGUCAUGGAUCCAGUCAGCUGCAUGGUUCUAGCUGAACUGAGAAUUUAAACCAGUUCUUUCUAUAUGAUAUAUACAUAUAUUUGUUUAUAAAGUAAUCAUUUGCACAGGAAAACAACCACAAGAGUUUCAGACUUAAGUCUUAUGUGUUGAAAUGUUUUGAUUUUUUUCCCCCUAACCCUGGCAUGAAUUAGCGCCCUAGCCUCCGCUCGACACAGCUUGCAUUUAGUGACUGUACAUAUUGUACAUCUUUGUACAGAGACAUCUUGGCACCUCCACCCAACAAGUGGCAUUUAUAGAAGGGAAAAGCAGUUCUGAGUGGCUGGAAAUGUACAGAAUGUUUUGAAAGUGUUUUAUGAAGAAUCAUGACAAUAAAAACAUAUGAAAUGAAAUUCAUUCUCUUACUGGCGAUUUAUGGCAAUAAAGCAUCCACCUAAGAUGGAUUUAAUCCAUGGUAAUGUGUUUUCCAUUCUGGAAUAGAAAAAGUAUUUUGCUGAUAAAGGUAGAGUGAGAUCUGUCCGGGACAUGCCUGAAUAGCACUUUUCUUUGAAAAAAGAUGCAUGCUAGCGGAUGCCGGAGGACUAGCCCGACUACUUAUGUUUGUGUGGGUUUGGGGGUUUUGGUUUCGUUUCUGUUGAACAUGUUCCCCUUUCUAUCAUGGCUUACGGUAGAACCCUCUGUCUUUCCUGGACAGCCUUUCUUUUGCCACGGUCUUUCUGGGGUGUCCCUGCCUUAUACGGCGGGGCAAGGCUCCACCUUUUAGAAUUGUGAAGGCUACCUUGGCAACAGGCUGGGAGCUUCAAAGCUGUACUUUAAUUUGCUUCUGAAUGGACUUGAUGCCAAUCAAAAAUAAACUGCGCACCAAAA